AAGCCCAACUAAGGUUUCCCCAGGUCACACCCAGGGAACUGGCCUCUGAUCCAGUGAGUAGCUUUCAAUUCCCACGCCACCAAACAAUCUCCAAGCUGGAUCUGCUGAGCAUCUUCUCCAAACUCCGACCCUCAACCCACUUGCAUCAACCCGCUCUUCAUCCGUCAUUUUAUCAUCGCACAGUUUCCGCUUUCACUUAGAUCCGCGGGGCUGUCGACAACCUUUUUUUCCAAAAUCCUCCUGCGUCCAUCCCUCCCGUGGCGAUUUCCCUCGACUCCCCCUUUCCUCUCGUGUCCAAUAUCAUGUCCAACGACCGCUCUUCUUCUCCCAUCUCGGUUCCCCCCUCAUCCGCCCGUCCCCGUCGGGCUUCCUUGGCCGCCGGCGCUGGCUUUGCCGACUACCUCUCCAAAUCUAGUGGCCCAAUGGGCAACACAGGCACCCCAGCGUCCAUGACCAACGCCGCGGCUAACGCUCAGGCUAAUCACGGUCGGAGACUCUCCAUCACUACCUUGGGCCUCUCGGGUUCACCAACACAGCCAUCUACAUUUGGCCCGCGGCAUCUGCGACAGGGUAGUGUGUCCAGCUCGGCCGGCUCGCAGCCUUCCAAUAUCGAUGAGGCCCUCGUCGAGGAUAAUGAACAUGGAGUUUCUCAAGCGACUCCGAGUUCCCCUUUCGCUCGACGGGUCUCAUUUGGCACCCAAGCGUUACGAGAUGUUCGUGGAGGAAGUAUAGGCAGCGGUACAUAUCCCUCCCCCGCAUCCUCCCUACCUGGUGCGCGUGGAAGUACUUCAUCGGCCAGCGGUAUUCCCCGUCGGCCAUCUGGGGCAUUUCCUACCAGUACAGGUCAUGAUUUACCCCAGAACAACCGUUCUAACGUGUCACGGCGACCAUUAGGUGAGGGCUUCAACUGGUCGGAAGCUCUGCGCUCCCGGGCGGAACGUGCCCCAUCCAUCGGAGGCAUCUCUCCCACCGCGCCUUCAAACCACCAGGCGUCCAAUACGGGUCGACAAGCCAAUCAUCAGCGGGCUGCGUCCAUUGCCUCGAUGGAGCAACCCAUCAGAGAGGUGCCGAAACAGCCUAAACAGAACAAACCGGAUUUCUUCCAAGAGAAGAUCCUACGGGGUGACUUUAUGGAUUGAACUCUGCCCCUAUUCUUUUCUUUUUUCUUUUCUUUCCUCUCCAAUGCAAGCUUCAGUGCUUUGCUUUUUUUUUGACUGCUCUUCCU